AGAGAGCAGCCGCUGAUCAGCCACGCUUCCUUUCUUCAUUCAUCUUCCUUCUUCCUUUUUUUUAUAUUUUCUCUUCCUCCUUAUUGUUGUUCAGACGCUUCUCUCUAUCUCUUUCUCUCCUCUCUAUUCUCACCGCUUUUCUGCAUCUAAUCCCGUUUUCCCUGGGCUAUUCACUUCUCUCUUAUCUCUUUCGUCCGCCAUCGCCAAACCUUAUCUCUUGCUUCCUGGGUUUUGUUUAUCGCAAGUGAUCAUUGUAAUUAAAAUCGAUUUGAGCGUUAUCUCGAUUUCACUAUUCAAACGAUGAAGCAAUCGUAAGAGAAUAGCUUUAUAUGGCUUGAACUAGGAAUUUUCAUGGGAGUUGUGGAGGAAACUGAACCUCCUUUGAAACGUGCUAAACUCCGUGCUGAAGAACCCAACGGCAACUCUUCUGUUAUAGGUAGUAAUACGGUGACGAACUCUUUGGGAGACUUGAUGGCAAGGCCUCUCACCUCCCAAGGGGAUGUUGAUGAAACCGUCGGCUCCAAAGGGGUUAUCAAAAAAUCCGAAUUCGUUAGGAUUAUCACUAGAGCUCUUUAUUCACUUGGGUAUGGUAAAACGGGAGCUAUGCUGGAGGAAGAGUCCGGAAUCCCUAUGCAUCAAUCCGUCGUUAAGGAGUUUCUGCAGCAGGUUAAGGAGGGGAAAUGGGAUGAGAGCGUUGUGACAUUGCGUAGAAUCGGGUUGGUAGAUGAAAAGGCGGUUAAGUCCGCGUCGUUCUUGCUACUAGAGCAGAAGUUCUUAGAGCUUUUGAAGUUUGAGAAGAUUGCUGAUGCGUUAGGCACUUUAAGAAAUGAGAUUGUGCCUCUUCAGAUUAAUACUAAGCGGGUUCAUGAGCUCGCUUCCUCCCUUAUAUCACCUUCAAAAUUUGUAUCAAAUGGCGCUUCGGGUAAAGGUAAAGGUAAAGAAAGUGUGAGUUCAAGGUCAAAGGUUUUGGAGGAACUGCAGAACUUGCUUCCUGCUUCUGUUAUGAUUCCGGAAAAGAGGUUGGAGUGUUUAGUUGAGAAUUCUCUUCAUAUUCAGCGGGAUUCUUGUGUUUACCAUAAUACUUUGGAUAGUGAUUUGUCUUUGUUUGCUGACCAUCAAUGUGGGAAGCACCAAAUUCCUUCUCAGACAAUUCAGAUCUUGGAGUCGCAUACUGAUGAAGUUUGGUUCGUGGAAUUCUCGCAUAACGGAAAAUAUUUAGCUUCAUCUUCCAAGGAUCAGACCGCAAUUAUAUGGGAGAUCAGCGCAGAUGGGCAUUAUUCAUUGAAGCAUAAACUAGUGGGCCACCAGAAACCCGUGACUUCAAUCUUGUGGAGUCCUGAUGAUCAUCAAGUUCUUACAUGUGGAGCAGAAGAAGUAAUCAGACGCUGGGAUACUGAUUCAGGAGACUGUAUCCACAUAUAUGAAAAAGGCGGCAUCGGUCCCAUUUCUUGCGGAUGGUACUCUGAUGGGCAGGGAAUAAUCGCCGGGAUGACAGACAGAAGCAUCUGCAUGUGGGAUUUAGAUGGUACAGAGAUGGAAUGCUGGAAAGGUCAGAGGACGCAAAAAGUAUCAGAGAUAGCAAUGACGGAUGAUGGCAAGUGGCUCGUUAGUGUAUGCAAAGGCUCCGUGAUAUCCUUGUUUGAUAGGGAAGCGACAGUUGAGAGAUUGAUCGAAGAGGAAGACAUGAUUACAUCCUUCUCGCUUUCAAAUGACAACAAAUAUCUACUGGUAAAUCUCAUCAACCAGGAGAUCCAUCUCUGGAAUAUCGAAAGUGACCCCAAGCUUGUGAUGAGAUACAAAGGCCACAAGCGUUCACGAUUCCUCAUCAGAUCUUGCUUUGGUGGUUAUCAACAAGCUUUUAUUGCUAGUGGAAGCGAGGAUUCUCAGGUAUACAUAUGGCACAGAUCAACAGGGAAGUUAAUCCUUGAGCUACCAGGACAUGCAGGAGCCGUUAACUGCGUGAGCUGGAGCCCAACGAAUCUUCACAUGUUGGCUUCAGCAAGCGAUGAUGGCACCAUAAGGAUAUGGGGACUUGACAGGAUAAACCCACAGAAGAAAGUGCAAGCAAGUAGUAGCAAUGGUGUGCUUCACCGAUGCAAUGGGAACUGAUUAUGAUUCUCCUUUUCCUUUAAACUUAACAGUUAUGUUGUUUUCUUCCUUCAUCAAUCUUUUCUUAUUUGUUUCCUUUGUGGCAUGGAAACAAAAGAAAGAGGCAAAAAAGCUGUUUUUAAUUAUGAACUCAUAAGUG